CGAUGACUAAUAACAGGUGGCAGUGUGACAUUCCAUGAUACGGGUGCGAUUAAUCGUCGUCGAAACUGGUUGCUUUUUUCCUUCCCCGCCCUCGCGCUCCUCCACCUCUUCGCCCGCGCUUGGUAGCCCUGGGUGGUCCGGCUGUUGCAGCUCGCUUGAUCCCGCGCAUUCCCCCACCGUUUGGACAUGCGUUACUGUAAUGUCCUUGCUGCCCACACUUAAAACACUCGGUACCCAUGCUACCGCCGCUCAACCCGCCUCCGGGACACGCGUUGCUGAAGUGCCCAACCUGCCCGCAUUUAAAGCACGCAUUCGAAGACGACCCAGACGCGUUUGUGCCGAAGCUCCUGGUCCCUCCACCUCCGCCCUGAUUCGGACAUGCACUUGCCCAGUGGCCCGGCUGCCCACACUUAAAGCAUUCGCCACCCGCGCCACCUCCGCCGCCGAGGCUCCCGCCGCCUCCAAAGCUCGGUCCCGAGCUGCCGCCAGGCCGGCCGGGCGGCCCGUCUGCCCAUUCGAAGAACCCGCACUGCUCCUCCUGCCGGUUCGCGCACGUCCAGAACUUUCGGCCUUGGUUGGGCCCUUCUUUCUGCACCUCACGCUGCACGGCUGGCUGCGGGCAGCUGCACUGCUUCUCAUCUGAUGCGUUAGACGGCCGACUCGACGGCGCGGUUGCAUAAGAGGACGAGGGGCGCGUAGGAGUGCUGGAGGGAGGAUUGUACACACGAGACGGGCCAGCAACGGGUGCGUCC